GUUCAACUUUCUGGCUGACAGCAUCCACAUCCCUCCCCUCGACAUCGACGGCGUUAGGCCAAGCAGGCGUCAGGCCACCGACAACGACGACGACAACGAUGACAACGCCCUACUACUCCGGCAUCCCGCCUGCGCCCACCGCCCGUCGCUAUCCCUUCUCCAACGCCGUCAACCACAUUCCCCGGACGACCCCCCCUACGAAACCGCAAGAGACACCUGAUGACAAGAUUGAACAGAAACAGAAAGAAAAGUAUCAGAAAAUUGGAGAGCCGCCGUUGCCGAGGCAGAAUACGAAGACCAUCCCGCCCUCGCCGCCGAAAGUAAUCGUGGACAAGGGCAGAGCGUCCAAGUAUGCGCGGGUUGGAUUACUGGGAGAGGGUGGGUUUGCACGAGUGUAUGAAGUGGUCGAUCAUAAACACUCGAGACUCGCGUGCAAAGUUGUUACCAAGACGUCCUUGAAAACUAAGAAAGCGAAGACAAAACUUUAUGCAGAAAUCAAGAUCCACCGCGCCCUCGCCCACCCCAACGUCGUCCGCUUCCUCGACUGCUUCGAGGACGACGAGAACGUCUACAUGACGAUCGAGCUCUGCCCCAAUGGCUCUCUCAUGGACCUACUCCGGCGGCGCAAACGCUUCACCGAGCCCGAGGCCCGCUUCUUCAUGGUCCAGCUGCUCGGCGCCUGCCACUAUAUGCACAACCACCAGGUCAUCCACCGCGACCUCAAGCUCGGCAACCUCUUCCUCGACAGCAACAUGAACAUCAAGGUUGGUGACUUUGGGCUCGCGGCCCUCAUCGAGAGCCCCGGCGAGCGCAAGAAGACGAUAUGCGGCACGCCCAAUUAUAUCGCGCCCGAGGUCCUGUUCGACACCGCCAACGGGCACAGCUUCGAGGUCGACAUCUGGUCGAUUGGCGUCAUCCUAUACACAUUCGUUAUUGGCCACCCUCCUUUCCAGACCAAGGAAGUUAAGAGCAUUUACAAGCGAAUCCGCGACAAUCAAUACGAGUUCCCCGUCAACCGUGACAUCUCCGAUGACGGCAAGCAGCUCAUUCAGCUCAUCCUCACUCCAGACCCGCAAGAGCGGCCCACCCUGCACGAAAUCCUCGACCACGGGUUCUUCGUCGGCGGCACCGUCCCGCUCACCCUCCCCACGACCAUCCACGACAUCAUCCCGAAAUUCGACCACAUCACGCGCCCUAUCUCCACCGCCAACCUCGCGAAGCUGCGCCGCCUCGCGCUCCUCGACGAGGACCAGGUCAGCACGAUCUCGCUGCCCGUCGCGAACAGCACCGCGAACGGCUCGAAGAUGAAGGGCAACCCCACGGCGGCGCUCGCCCAGCAGGAGAAGGAGUUCCAGCAGGCAGUGCAGCCUGGCUCGCCCAUCUCGGCGCUGCUCAAGUCCGCGCGGCAGCCGCUCGUCAUGGGCAGCGGUGGUCGCGGCGAAUCCCCGCUCUACCGAAAGCUCCAGGCAGCGGCCAAGGAGAAGCGCUCGUCGCCUCUGAAGCAGCGCACGGACGCGCUGCGGGAUAUCGAGGAAGAGCGGAGCGGUGAGGGCAGGGGGCAGAAGGAGAAGGACUACGAGGAGGUGAGGAGGAAGGAGCUGGAGGCGCAGAAGGCGCGCAUCGUCGCGCAGAUGGCGCCGCCCAAGGCCGUCACGGCAGCCGAGUUCGUGCAGACGCUCGAGCGCGAGAACGUCGACCCCAUCCCGAAGGCAUCGCGGGAGCCCAGGGACAAAGACGAGAAGGAGAAGACCGCUGGCAGGGACGACAAGUCCGGCGGGCCUGUCCUUAAGGUGAACGGCUUCGACGCGGCGGCGGAGACGCUUGCGGCGGCGCUCGGCCUGCUCGCGCAGGGCGAGUGCUUCAGCGAUCCGCGGGAGGAGGCGGCGAUGCUCGAGGGGCGGGUGUUCAUCGCGUCCUGGGUGGACUAUUGCAAUAAGUAUGGCAUGGGGUACGCGCUGACGGACGGCACCGUCGGCGUGUACUUCAACGACAGUACGUCUCUAGUCUUGUCUCCCGACAAACACCAUUUUGACUUUAUCGAGAGCAGACGCGGGGGCUCGGUAUACGUGCGCAAGUACUACACCGUGGACGAGUACCCGGACCCGGAGCUCAAGAACAAGGUGUACCUGCUCAAGCACUUUGAGGGGUACAUCAUGAACCGCCUGUUCGGCGAUUACGAGUACUGCUUCACGGACACCACCAGGACCAAGGGUAUGGCCUUCCUACAGAAGUUCCUGCGCAUGAAGAACGUCAUUGUCUUCAAGAUGAGCAACGACACCUUACAAUUCAACUUUUACGACCACUCGAAGAUGAUCCUAUCCUCCAACGGUCUCGUGGUGACUCACAUCGACAAGCACUACAACAUGACGAAAUGGAAGCUCAGCGAGAUCAUGGCCCGCGCGCUCGGGCCCAAGCCCGAGGACCCGGACGAGGCCAAGCUGCAGCAGCGCCUCGUGGACAAGCUCAAGUACUGCAAAGAAGUCCUCCUGUCCAUCCGGAAAGCGACCGAGCUUACCGCGAACCAAGGCGAGGGCGCGGAGCUCAAGGAGGUGCCCGAGCCCGCCAUCGUCCCCCGCCCCUCCAAGCGGUCCGCGCAGCCGCGCGCAUGAGCGGCAUCAUACCGGUGAUGUGUCCACGCGGUUGUAAAGAUAUCCUUUAUUCAUCGAGGGACGUUGCGGUAUACCCUGUCUGUUCACACCACUCCACGUCGUUCUCGCACCAUACAUUCCCCAUCGCUGUCGUGAAGUACAUAUGUAUUGAUAGUAGUCCUUGUACAUUGGUUCGCCCGCUCGGGAUAGAGGUAGUGGGCUAACAUGGUCG